UUUGCUCACUGCAUUUACCCUAACAGUCAAUGUAUCCUCGGGCUAAGCCAAACAAGUUGAUCAGCAGUCACCUCUGUACACACAACCCCCCACUAAGAGGCUAAUGGCCAGGAUGUUUAAUCCUUCUCAAAACAACCACAGAGAUGCUAAUUUUAUCUGGCUAUAAAUACAGCUAGACUCCGCGUCCUCCUCCUUUAUUCACCUUCUCUGAAACAUUUGCCCAAAUACCAGGAAACACUCGGUUCCAUAAGAGCAGCAGCAGCGACGCUGCAAGUGUCAAUAAUCCAAGAGCGCACGGACUUUUACGCACGGUUGGAUCGUCUUUCCACGCGCCCUGCGAACUUCUCCUAACGUCCUACCCAAGACGCGCAGAGCCGUGAUGUUCCCGCUACCGAUGUUCACACCGGACCAAGUGGCUCGGGUGUGCGAAAACCUGGAGGAGACCGGGGACAUCGAGCGCCUCGGCCGGUUCCUCUGGUCGCUGCCCGCCGCGGUCCCCGGCUCCGCUGGCGAGGCGCUGAACCGACAUGAGUCCGUGAUGCGCGCCAGAGCGCUGGUGGCUUUCCACGGGGGGAAUUUUGACGCGCUUUAUCAAAUCCUGCAGAACCACAGGUUCACACGCGAGUCGCACGCCAAACUGCAAAACCUGUGGCUGGAUGCGCACUACCGGGAGGCGGAGAGGCUCCGCGGUAGGCCGCUGGGCCCGGUGGAGAAGUACCGCAUUCGCAAGAAGUUCCCGCUGCCCCGCACCAUCUGGGACGGCGAGCAGAAGACGCACUGCUUUAAGGAAAGAACUCGCAGUUUGCUAAGAGAGUGGUACCUUCAGGAUCCGUAUCCAAACCCGUCGAGGAAACGGCACCUGGCCCAGGCCACGGGUCUCACGCCCACACAGGUCGGGAACUGGUUCAAGAACCGACGACAGAGAGACCGUGCCGCAUCUGCAAAGAACAGACUACAGCAGGAUUCCUCCCUCCUGCUCUCUGAAACCUCGCCCAACGGCUCUCUUCAGGAACGCCGACACCACCCUCACCUGCUGCCCGCCUCCCUUCACCGCCUCGGCAGCCCAGAGGCCAGCGACUGCAGCACGGAGCCGGAGCGCAGAGGAACGGGAGCCUCCACUCCGGACAUCUCAGUCAGCAGUGACAGCGAGUUCGAGUCCUGAGAUGAUGAUGAUGAUGAUGGAGAGACUUUUUUCCUCCUCACAAGAAAGAUCAGACUCAAGUCAAAGACUCCUGAACUGCCUGUGAAUGUGGUCACAGAAGAAGAAAGACGAGUGAGAAAAGUCCACUCACUGUGGAUCUGAAGGAAUGUUCAACAUUAUGCACUUAACUUAAAAAGCCCCAUGACACACGACCGUCGCGGUUAUAUAAAUUAAUUUACUGCUGACCAGGACUAUGGUUUAAACAUUUAACUCUCAGGCAAAGUAUUUAUAGAAAUAAUGUCAACGACGGUCUUUAGAGAAUAUGAAAAUCAUUACUGAUAAAUUUUGAUACAGAUUACAAUGAAUAUUUUUGUUUACGUCAAUUAUUAUAAUGUAACAUACAGGAUACAAGGGCUGCAACUAAUCAUUAUUUUCCAUCGUUUCAGUCCAUAAAAUAGAAAUUAUAAUGUACUCAAAUGUCUUGUUUUGUGCACAAACCAAAAAUUAUUCAGUUUUCAUGAUUU